AUGCCAGGAUUUGCUCCGCUAACAAGUCGUGGCAGUCAACAGUAUCGCUCAUUAACUGUGCCUGAACUGACACAACAAAUGUUCGAUGCAAAGAAUAUGAUGGCUGCGUGUGAUCCUCGUCAUGGUCGUUACUUGACAGUGGCGGCGAUCUUCCGUGGUCAUAUGUCUAUGAAGGAGGUGGAUGAACAGAUGUUGAAUGUGCAGAAUAAGAAUUCGAGUUAUUUUGUCGAGUGGAUCCCGAAUAAUAUGAAGACGGCAGUAUGUGACAUUCCUCCUCGUGGUUUGAAGAUGUCGGUGACUUUUAUUGGUAAUAGUACGGCUAUUCAAGAGUUGUUUAAGCGUGUUUCUGAACAGUUUACUGCAAUGUUCCGUCGUAAAGCGUUUUUACAUUAG